AUGGAUUUCUUGAAGCAAAGGUCCCUAUGGGCCCUGUUUCUUGUUAUUGGGCUUGUCACAGCCCACGGUGGCCAUGAAAAUGUCCCCGAGGGCGAAACCAUCUCUGAAGAUCCGAUUGACUCGACUCUAUGGGUCCAUAUGAUUCUCAUGGGAUUCGCAUUCGGUAUCAUCUUCCCACUGGGCAUGGUCCUAGGUAUCGUCCGGUCUCGCUGGCACGUCCCCGUCCAAGUAGUUGGAACCAUCAUCGCCGUCGUCGCCUACUUCCUCGGCCACGCGCACAAGGGCCGCCAAUUCGCUCCGAACGCCCACCACUCCUUCGCAAAUUGGUUGAUGCUCAUGCUAGUCGUGCAAGUCGGACUGGGUUUCUAUCUGAAACUACACUUGGAGAAGGCCGGGCAGGCUCGUAUCCGGUGGAUCUUUGUGCUUGCGCAUGGCGUCCUUGGAAAGGUCAUGCCGGUUGUCAGCUGGGCGCAGAUGCUGUUCGGUGGGAUUGCCAUGAUGGGCUUCUGUCAGGCUGACCACAUGGGACAGUGUCUUGCGCACUUCAUCAUGGGCUCCGCAUUUAUCGGAUACGGUAUCUGCUUGACUAUCCUUCUCUUGGUGGGACAGUACUGGUUGCGCCGGACAGGUCGGAGCCAGGAGUUCUUUGACUCUUUGAUCAUUGCGGCCUGGGGCUGUGUGAAUACCUUCACCGAACACCGGUGGGGCCAGCCGUGGGCGCACAAUGAUCUGCAGCACACUACUAUGGGUGUUGUUUGGUGGUGUGCUGGUCUUUUGGGAAUGUGGCUGAGUCGCAGCCGUGAUGGUCGUCCUAAGCGCAAUCUAAUUCCCGCAAUCGUGAUCAUGAUGACUGGAUAUGCCAUGUCAGCUCAUGCGCAGCAUCUAAUGAUCAGUACUAUGAUCCAUACCGUCUUCGGCUACACCUUGAUGGCUGCUGGGUUGACUCGGAUCAUUGAGAUUUCGUUUGUGCUGCGCGAUCAGGCUGCCGUCAGCAUGAGUGGCGUGGACCCGAACAGCUUCCAACACCUGACUCCAUUUUUGCUGUAUGCCUCUGGAUUCUUGUUCAUGGGCGCUACGGAGGAGCAGAUGCAGCUUCUCAACGAUGCGGGUAUCACCCACGUGUCAUACGUGCUAAUCCUCUAUAGCGUUGCCUUCAUCAUGUACCUUUUCGUCAACGUGCUGCUGCACAUUUACGCUGUCCAUGCCUGGCCCAACGGUAACGAGGAAGAGGCUCCUAAGUACACCAACGCCAACGGCACCUAUAUGAAUGGCAAUGGACGUGCUCGCUCCAACUCCGAAGCCCAGCGCAUCCAGGAUGCUGAGGGCUUCGAGUUGCAGGGCCUGAUUAGUGAAGAUGAAGAUGAAGAGGGUACUUCCAUGGGCCCUAGAAAGACGACCGAUGAAGAGAUGGGCGCGAAAGAGACGACUUCCUCUUGA